CUCAAGUGUUUGUGCUUCAGUUAGUCCUCUGCCAGUGUGGUGGUGUUUUAGGACGGCGUGGUAAGAAGGUUACUUACUUGGAAUAUGUCAUGAGAGGCUCCAGCCAGAGUAGAGAAGUGCUAACAAUGGAGAUGAACCAAUCAGCAGCCUCUGUGUCCUUCGGGAAGAAGAAUGGUUGCUACCUAAACCGAGGUAUAGCAAUCCUGUUAGGUAUCCUCUUCGUCAGCGUCACGGUGGCCACUGGUCUCUUAGUCUAUUACUAUGCCCCGCAAGUCAGGGAAUCAGACCAGAGGUCACUAGAAAAAACAGCAACAUCGUUUCCACAACAGGCCAGUCCAGAAGUGCCAGAACGACUACCUACCUUUCAACCACCUAAAAAGGAAAAAAUAAAUGUAAGACUGCCCAGGGCCCUCAAACCUCUGCACUAUAUGGUCAAAUUACAGCCUCUUAUCAACGGGAAUUACAGUAUCAUCGGUUAUGUGGAGGUGGAGAUGGAAGUUGUAGAGCCGACCUCUAACAUUACCAUACACAUAGCAGAUAUAAUAACGAAGAAUGACACUAUCAGGGUGAGUACCAUAAUGCACCUUCUUCAUAAAGAUUUUGAGAAUUUUAAUAAAGUGGAACUACCCACUAUACUGUAAUUGUUUUCUUAACAUG